CGAUUCAGUCAGUGCGUGUGUGUCCUGUUGAUCGGUCGUGUAAUCUGCGCGUGUGCCUAGAAACGUUUGCUAACAAGGUUAAUUUCGUGAUUCGUAUAUGCUGUGUGUUUUUUUUAAGUGCCCUAUAUAGUAUAUAUUAAUAUAUUAGUGUGUAAAUAUCUACACUAAUCAAGCGAGUGCCCAAAUAUGUGUUAAAUUGUUGGUGAAGAGCUUUUUUAGUAGACAGCAAAUGAGUGUUAUAAACGGGCAAUCGUACUUUAUGCUUUCGAUCCCGUUACAAUUGUCUAGUGCAGGUAGCAGCUGCAGCAGACGGCGUGCAAUGUCGUGGGAAUGAGCGGGGCGACAGGCAACGCAUUUGCUUAUUGCGCGUCAGUUUUUGCUCGCAAUGCUUUUGAUCCCGUUGCCUGCACAGUUGCGCGUUUUUCGUUUUUGUUGUAUUUGUGCGAAUGCCGGCUUAGCGUAAGCCUGAGCGUAUUGCGGCGAUUUAGUCAGUGCGCGUCAGUCGAUCGGGCGUCUAAUCUGCGCGUGUGCAUUAAUUCGAUUGCCAACAAGGCGAUUCCUAUAUGCUGUGUGUUUUUUUUUAGUUUUUUUUUAAAGUGCCCUAUAAUAUGUAUAUAAAUAUGUGAAUUUGUGUUUUAAUUAUUGGUGCAGAUCUUUUUCGGUCGUCCAAUUUACGCGUGUGUACAAAUUCGUUUGUUAAGAAAGUUAAAUUAAAUAAAUCGCGAUUCGUAUAUGCUGUGUGUGUGUGUUUUUUUAAGUGCAUUAUUAAAUAUAUGUAUGUAUGUGAAUAUCUUCAAAUUUGUGAUGUAAUUGUUGGUGCAGAGCUUUUUCACUAGCAUAAAAUUUGAGUGCAUCUGUGCUGAAACGAAAUCGGAGAGAGAGUGAAAGAGAGCAAAUAUCUAAGCCAAAUCGUUCUUAGUAUGAGUCUCAGCUGCUCAGCUUAUGAAAUCUUUUUGAGAUCGUUGCACUAUAUCUUCUAGAAAAAAUCGAUCAAGUAUAUGUGCAAUAGAGUUUGGAAUCUGUGGAUAUGUGGUGCGGUGCUUCCUUUAAUUUAAAGCAUAAAAGGAAAGGUUUUAAAAAAUAUGCUCGCGUUUCUGUGUGCUUUUUUUUCUGGAUACACUUCCGCAGAGUGAAAAAGUCUUAUUGAUUGAGCGCAUAAAAUCAAAUUGAUUGCUGAAUAAUGCAAAACGGCUAAUGAAUGUUUAACCCAUUUCAAUCAGCGAGUUGUCAAAUCAAAACGGAAAUAUUUUAUAAACAUAUUCACAAAAAAAAAAGGAAGGGAAUGGAAAAGGGAAUAAAUAUUAAAGCAAAUUAAAUUGAGCUGGCAGCCGAGUUCCCACAACAACAAGAACAACAACAACAAGUCCAACGACAAGAACAACUCGUUUGUGGUGGGCGUCGUCGCAUGUUUCUUGUCAGCUCUCUCAUUGAUGGGUAAACAAAGCGAACGCAACUAUGCAACGACAGACGACAAAGAUGCAUAAACAAAAUGCAACAAAAAGUACAAAUAAAAACAACAACAACAACAAUAGCUGUGCAACGCUUGAAGCCACUUGUGAAACAAAUGAAACAUACCAGAGAACCCAGAGCUGAGCAGCGCAAAGCAGAGUAGAGGAGGCCCCGCUGUGUGUGCCUGUCCCUCAGUCCGGGUCCGGAGUGUGUCGAGCGAGCGAACGAGCGAACGAACGACUGAUUCCGGCAGCUCCAGAACGGAACUGUUAACUGAGAAUGACGUUGAGGCUGACGUUGGCAGUGAUAAGAGCCGGGGCGUGUGUAAUGCGCAUUCACAAAUACAGAUACAGAUACAAAUACAGCCACAGAUACAUUUGCAGUCACUGUUACAGAUUCAAAUAUGUGCGUUACACAAUUGUCACUCGUAAACGCCCCCCACAUGCCACACCCCCAUCGAAGCCACAGCCCCGUUUGAACUGCUUAGAUUUAUGCACAAUUCGCCCCCUCCCGCAGCCACAUGUCUAAUUAGUGCAUAAUAAAUAGUUUGGCAAUAUCUAAGCUGCUUGUCUGGUUACAUAGCUCGAGAUACAGUAUCUGAUAGAUGCAUCCUCUCGACGCACGACAGCACCAAGUGGCAUGCCUCAAAGAAUGUGCUUUUACAGCGCUUCUGCCGCCUCCCCCGCGUCAUUCAAUCAAUAAAUAUUUCGCUUGAAAUUAAACAGCCCUUCGCUGGGAGUGGGGGCGAGUCAAGAAUACAAAAAUAAAAAUAAAAAAAAAAAACGAAAUCAAAAUACAAAUAAUGAAGAAUAAUGAACACAAAGGGCUCGAAACGAAGGCAGCCAAACAAAUUGGUUGCAAGCACCGCCAGAUGGAGGCUGCCGCCUGUGGCAAGUAUCAAGUCUGGGCCAGUGUGUGCCGCGCGUGUGGCAUGUUUAUACUGGCAAGCUUUACGGCACGCAAAUGCUUCAGUGCAAGAUACAUUUCGAAGGGCGUGUGUGCUUCGCAUCUUCCAAAUAUAUAUGUAUAUUUAGAACCGACAGCCUGGCAACAUGCCGCGCCAAGCUGAAGGGAUUAUCAAUGGGCAAACUCUUGCGAUCAAUGAAAAUCGACAAAAAUGGAAAAUAGAAAACGAAUCAAAUGUAUAAUUAGGAGUUCUUCGAGGAAUAUCGGUAGCCAUUCGAAGGUUCAAGUCUUCUUGCUUGCCAAGGCGGACAUCUUCUCGAGAACCUACUCUUGCUCCAAGUGAUAAAAUGUGACCUAAAAAGUGAGUUACAGAAAACGAAUGAAUGAAAGAGCAUUAAAAUUGAGAUAGUGAGAUAAAGAGAGCGAGAGACACUGAGGAUUGGGUGUUAAAAUCCAACAGGAAAUCAACGAAAUUGUCGUCACUCCAAUCAAGUGGAAAUUUGAUUAAAGCAGUGGAAAGAAAAAUUUAAUAAAUUUUCAAAACUCAAUAGCCGAACAACAAAAAAAAAAAAAAGAAAAGAAAGAAAAGUGUGCGAGUAUAUCAAAAAGGUAACAGCAAAGGAAAUCAACACGCACGCACAUGAGCGAAUUUGUAGUUGUGCAAGGACAACAGAACACAAACAAAAAAAAAAAAAACAGAAACAAAAUUAAGGAAAAUAACAACAAGCCGUAGCAAACAUUAAAAGUCAGCGAAGUGUAAAAAAAAAGGUGAAUACAGACAGCAAGGCUGAGGCAAUAAACUCAAUGAAAGAGUAACCAAGUGAACGAGUAUUAAAAUAGGCACCAAAUAAAAGAAGGAGAGGAAAAAAGCGUAACAAAAAUUAAAAGGUACGACUAUUAUUUAGUAUUCGCCGCACUCAUACAAAAACCUGGGGCAGGAGCUAACCAAGGCUUAGGACAACUAACGACGCGCAGCUGACGACGACGACUGCCUUGUGGCAAGGACAUUACACACACUUUACUUUUUUCUAUUUGCUGCGUGUGUGUGUGUUGUCCUGCAUCGAGCAAAGCACAAAAUUAAGUGCAGAUUAUCAGCAGAUUAUAUUUUAAUAGCAUUUCAAGCUGUUGCCUUUCACGACAAGCCCAAAAGGACGACGCCGUCGACGACAAGCGCCACCAAAAAAAAAAAGGGACACGGCCAACAACAAAUACAUUAGAAACCAUGUGCUAGUGCCCGUUUGUGUCUGUGUGUGCGUGUUUGUGCAAGUGCGGCUUAUUACACGAUGUCCUCUCAAAAUAUCCUUUUGAAGGAGCCUCAACUAAAGCAAACAUAAGAAAUUGAAAUAAAGUAACAAGAGCAAUUUUUAUUGCCCUGUUUUUCGUGUGUCCUUCGUAAGUGUCGCGUGUGCAACCCAAAAAAAAAAAAAAAAAUAAAUAAAAAAAGACAGGCAAGAAAUAUAUUUAAUUAGAACAUUAAGCAUACGCCCCGUGGCAGCUGAGAGAAAAGCAACGCAAGUGAGAAAGCAACAGAACGAAACGAAGUACGAAGCGGAACUGGAGCGUGGCGGCCAAACUAAACAGCAGUGCGUUCUUUUGGUUGACUGAAAACAAAUGCGUCGCACCGAGGGCAGCUGGAGCGGAAGUGCAAGUUAUUAGAGGCGCGGCCAGCGGGAAAGACGAGUCUAUUAACAGAACAAACAGCCUAAAAAAAAAAAAGAAAGAAGAGGAGAAGGAGGCAAAGCUUGGCAGGCGGCAAAAUCCGUGACUGAGUCGCUGGCAAAUCGAAUUGCUAAGCGGCUGCCAAUGAGACGGCACACACAUUGCUGUCAGCAGAGGCAUCAGCAUCAGCAGCAGCAGCAGCUGAAACAGGACAAGCAGCAGAAGCAGGAGCCGGAGCAGCAGCUGGAAGCUGGCUUAGCUGAAGAAGCAGCUGGAGCACAGCGAAACGAAACAGUUAGCCGGUUGGCAAAAGCCGAUUGCGAAUUUGCUAUAUUGACAUAAGGAAAUCGUUAGCCGGCUUAGCAGGCCCCAAGGCGUCAAGGCGCAUUUAAAAUUAAAAAAUCACGUGCCAAAUAUACACAUAUAUACACAUAUAUAUAUAUAUAUACAUCAGCUGGCAGAUAUCGGCAGAGCAGAGUCUUAUGCUAAUGCGAGCGAGUGGGCCAUGAAUAUAACAUGAGACUGGCAACUAAGCCAGCCAAGUGAUGACAAUAAGCGCCAGCCAGAAGCUAUAAGAACAGAGACAGCUACGCAAAGCGAGAGGGCGACAGAAAGAGAGUGUGCGAGACAGACAAAGAGUGAGAGAAAGAGAGCAAGUGUGCGACAGAGACAGCAUGACGGAGCUGCGCCGCCUGGAGACGCCGCGUCUGCACAAGCAGCAUUCGCUGCGCGGCGAGCCGCUGCUGCUGCUGCACCACAACCAGCACCAUACGCUGGUGGAUCAGGCCUGCAAUUUGAGCAGCGGCGGCAACAGUGCGGCCAGCACCACCAGCAGCAGCACGGCAACCGCAACCACAGCGCUCGGUGGGGGCUGUGCAGCGCAGCGCCUGAACAGCGUCGAGUUCGAUGAGCAUGAUGUGUACUAUGUUUCGCCUUCUAAGCGAAAAGCGGGCGUGGCACCUGUGGGCCCGGCACUGCGGCCAGCCACAGCCUACGAGGCGGGCAGCAAUAACAACAAUAGCUACAAUAAUAAUCACAAUGUGGUCACCUUCUCGGACUUUGUAAGCGAGCGGGGUGGCGGUGGCGCCUCCAGCUCGCAUCGCGGCUCGCUGAAGCGGGCGAAGGGACGCAGCAAUCAGUCGCUGUGCAGCUGCGAUGCCGGCGACGAGGCGCAACUGCAGCCGGACGCGGCGCGUCCGCUCUACGAAUACAGUUUGGAGCGGCGCCGCAAGACGCACACCUACACCUGUGAGCAGAACGCACAGAUACUCAUGAGACUGGAGCGCGAACGUCAACGGAAAUUAUCGCUGACUAGCCUGGUCGGCGGAGUAGGAGGCGGCGGCGGUGGGGAGUUGCAGUUAAGUGACACGCCCAGCUUGUCGGAUGUGGAUAUUAUACCGCCCGUGCCACCGCCGCCCGCACUGAAGCGAAACGGCAGCAUGCGCAGUCUGCGCCUGCUGCAGCAGCUGCAGCAACAACAGCAGCAGCAGCAGCAGCAGCAACAGCAACAGCAACUAUUGCCCAAGAGCAACAACAAUCUGGCCCUGGGUAUGGCACAGCUGUGCAACGGCGAUCUGCUUGAGGAUUGCACCAAAACGGCUCUGGACGAAUGCGCGGCCACAUUGCUGAAGUGCGCAAACAGCGGCGGCGGCGGCGGCAGCAACAGCAAUGCCAAGCCGGAUCUGUGCCAGCCGCUGAGCAAUGGCAACUGCCACGCCCAUAGCCUUAAUAAGCCAAACAAAGCCAAGCACCCGCCCUUUGCCGCACACGAGGAGGACAACAUCUUUGCGCCGCAAGCACAAAAAUCGGAUCCCAGCUUGUGCUUUGUGCCAGCCACAGCCACAGCAGCAGCAACACCAGCUGCAACAGCUGCAACAACAGCAGCAACUGUUGCUCCAAUGCUGAGCAAAUACAACACAAUCGGGCCUAGCAGCGAUUAUGCGCGACAUUUGGCCCACUACAGCCGCUACCUGCAGAAGCAGCAUCAGCAGCAGCAAUUGGCGCACUUUCAGCAGCAGCGUUGUCGCUGCUUCUCACAAUCGCUGCUCAAUUUUCCGAGCAACCAGCCACAGCAGCAGCCACAGCCACAGCAACAAUUGCAGCAGCAGCAGCCAGACUCCAAGCAGAGCCUGGAUAUGGCACAGCCAGCACAAAUAUUUCACACCAGUAGCAUGGACUGGACAUUGGCCAUGAAUAGUCGCAGCUUUGGCAAUUUGGUGGACAUUGAUGGCGGCUGCCGUGUGCCGUAUCAGAAAAUGCAACAAUCAUCGGCGCUGGCCUCCUCCAGUUUUACGAUGAACUCCUUCGACAGUGGCAAUAACAGCAGCGGCAUACUCAAAGAGCUCGAGUCCCAGCCACAUAGCCAUGCCCACACACAUUCGCAUCCACAUUCGCAUCAUUAUCAUGCACACGAUGUGGCGCAUUCGUUGCUGCAUCAUGGGCCAACUGGCGGUAUUCCGGCCACGCCGCAGAAACAUCAUCAGCUGCACUCGAGCGUCACGAGCAUCAUGCCAUGGAAACAUCGACAGUGCCCCAGUCGUGGCUCAUCCAGUUCGGGCACAAAUUCCUUUCGCUUCGAUGCGGCCAAGCAUUGGCUGGCAGUCAGCUCGAUACUCUUGAUAAUUGGCGCUGCCAGUGUGGCUGUGCCCCUGGCGCUACGUGUUGCUGCAAGUGCGCCCUUUGAGGAGCGCUUACGCGUCGCUGUGCAGCUUUUGGAUCAAGUGCCUUUAAUCGAUGGGCAUAACGAUUUACCCUGGAAUAUACGCAAGUUCCUGCAUAACAAACUCAACGACUUCAACUUUGAUGAGGACUUACGCAACGUUGUGCCCUGGGCGCGCAGCCACUGGAGCCACACGGAUCUCACGCGACUGAAGAAGGGACGCAUAUCAGCACAGUUCUGGGCAGCCUAUGUGCCCUGCGAGGCGCAACAUCGCGAUGCGGUGCAGCUGACGCUCGAACAAAUUGAUGUGAUCAAAAGACUAACCGAUCGAUAUUCGCCGCAGUUAACCACCUGCACCUCGGCGCAAGACAUCAUCGAUGCCCACAAGAACCAACAGCUCUGCUCGCUAACUGGCGUCGAGGGCGGCCACUCGUUGGGCGGCUCGUUGGCAGUGCUGCGCACCCUGUAUGCGAUUGGGGUGCGGUAUAUGACACUGACAUCCACAUGCCAUACACCCUGGGCCGAUUCCAGUUAUGCGGAUGCGCCGACCUUCAAUAUGAAACACGGCGGACUCACCAUAUUUGGCAAGACAAUCAUACGCGAAAUGAAUCGUCUGGGCAUGAUGGUCGAUCUGUCGCACGUCUCGAAGGGCACCAUGCGCGACGCUCUCGAGGUGAGCGAGGCGCCUGUCAUCUUCUCCCACUCCUCCGCCUACGAGCUGUGCAAUACGAGCCGCAAUGUCCAGGACGAUAUACUGCAAUCGCUGGCCAAAAAUGGUGGCCUCGUCAUGGUCAACUUUUAUUCGAAGUUUUUGUCAUGCAGCGACAAUUCCACCGUACAGGAUGCAGUCGCGCAUAUUAAUCACAUUAAGCGCGUCGCUGGCAUCGAUCACGUUGGCCUCGGCGCCGGCUACGACGGCAUUAAUUACACACCCAAAGGCCUGGAGGAUGUCUCCUCGUAUCCCACUCUAUUUGCGGAACUCUUAGGAGGUGGUUGGACCAUCGACGAGCUUACCAAAUUAGCUGGUGGCAACUUUUUGCGCGUCAUGCAGCAAGUGGAGAAAAUACGUGAUGAUAAGAAGGCAGCAGGCGUCAAGCCCUACGAGGAUCAUCCCAAUUUCCGCACUGACGAUCCAUACAAUUGUACUUCCAGCUAAUUAAAUCUAGGCAGUAAAUCCAAAGAGGUUGUACAAUAGGCCAGUCGGUGCAUGCAACGAGUAUUUAUUUUGCUGCAUAUAAAAUUGAAAUACACAAUAUAGAAAUAUUAAAUAUUAAAAUAAUAAACUUGCAUUCUAGUUAUAUAAGCUGGCAUAGCUAUGGUUUGUAUAAGCUUUAAGUAUAUAUAUAUUACUAAGUAAGUAUUUGGCUAGUUCUUCUGCUAAGUUCUAUCUGAACCUCUCGAAUUUUUGUUGAGUUUUGUGACAAUCUACAGACUGCCAAGGAAAGAGUACACCCACACUUUAUAAAGAAAUUGUUGAGCAUUAUUUACGACAACUGCAAGCAGCUAAAUUAAAGGUUUUCUGUCUGAACUACCCAACUCCCAUAUGAAAUUCGAUGAACCCCAUUGCGACUUUCAACUGGACCAACACGAAAAUAGCUAAAGAAAAACAAAAAGAAAAACCUUAAAUAAAGUAAAUAAAUAAUUAUUAUACGUUUCCAAUUUGAGUUAUUUAGUUGUUUAUACGAAAAACCACAUAUCAAGUAUGUAAUAAAUAUAAAAUUAAAUUAAUUUCUUAGAUUAAUGCUAAUGCAAAUAUUGAAAAGUGGGAAAGCAUACACUUAAAUUAAAUUAAAAACUACAUUAAUAUAAUUAUAAUAUAUGCAUAUACUAUAUAGGAAAUUAAUGAGAAUUACCGAAAGCUUUGCGCAUCUAAGCCGGGCGUUAAUUAAAUGUUUAUUAAAUAAUUUGUUCAAUUUUUUAAGCAGUUGUAUAAAUAACUACUGAACGAUUAAA